ACCCAAAGCACCUAUUAUCGCCCACUAGAAAAAAUAUUGACCAUUUAAUCAGAUCAAGUGUGCACAACAUUCACUGUGGACGAUGUGAUUGGCCUACGUUGAUGACCUGCAACAUGCAGCAGCCAACAUUGUGACACAGCAUGGAGUUCUUAGAAGGAGAGAAUCAGUAUGUGAACAACUUGUCACCUGAGCUAAGGGAAAAGGCUGCGAAUGAACUGAAGGAGAAGCCAGAAUGGGUGUCACGAGAUAUUGAAGCUUUGAGGGAAAUGGUGAAAGCUCACCCAGGUUUAAAUUCAUGUGUCAGUGAUGCAUUCUUGCUGCGCUUCCUACGCUCGAGAAAAUUCGACUAUGACAGGGCCCUAAAUCAACUGCUGCGCUACUACAAGGUUAGGAAAGAAGAUGUUACAAUGUUCAAUGACUUUAAACCUUCUAAAAUCAAACAUGUGCUUGAUGAUGGUGUGAUUGGAGUGUUGGAGAACAGAGAUCUCUCAGGUCGUAAGGUUAUAAUCUUCCGUCCAGGGAAGUGGUGCCCCUCUAAAUACCCCACUACAGACUGUAUGCGAGCCAUGGUCAUGACCCUGGAACUACUAACAAUGGAUGAGGCAACUCAGAUCAAUGGUGUGAUAGUGUUAGCAGAUCUACAGGACACUACACUCAGUCAUGUCACUCAUAUAGGCCCAAGCAUGGCCAAAAGAAUGAGCAGAAUUAUUGAGGAGGCAUUUCCUGCUCGGGUGAAGGCAAUCCAUUAUGUGAAUGCACCUUAUAUAUUCAGUGUGAUAUUUGCUGUACUUCGAGGAUUCCUGAAAGAGAAACUUGCCAGUAGGCUUCACGUACAUACAGACUUCAACUCUUUAUAUGAAUCAGAGGGGAUUUCUGUGGAGGUGUUACCAGUGGACUUUGGAGGAUGUCUCUCGCAAUACUCUAACUCCGUUUGGGCUGAGCAAUUACUAAAUUCAGAGCAAUAUUUUGAGAAACUAUCCGAGUAUUCCCUUGAGGGAGAUACCUCAACUUUAACAGGAUUAGAGAGUGUGGAUCUAGACACAACUGACCCAAUUGACGCUUGUAUACCAGGAGUAUAUAGGAAAGCUAGCAGUGUUGAUUAAAACGCACAAUGAAAUAUGAAAACUUUCACAUUUCAAUGGAUUGACAGAGAUAUUUAUGUCUAUUUAAAUUGAAAGUUCCAAACUGUUGUAUUACAGAAGUACAUAGGACAUGUAGGAAAGCCAACAGUGUCAAUUAAAACUGAAUUCCAGACUGUGGGAUUCCAGCUUUGUUUUACAAGUGUGUCUACAUACAGGUACAGUAGUGCACUAGUCAUGUACAGAAAUGAAAUUGAAUGCCUUCAUAUCAAUACUGCCAACAAUCUCUGCAAUUAAAAAUUCAAGUUUAAGAAUAAUGUUGUAUGUGUACAUAUAAAAUCUCUAUGUAGUUUUGAUCGACAUUUAAUUACAUACUGUAGUGAGAAUAUAG